UAGAUAGCAUAACUUAGUGCAAUUUUAUUUUAUUUUAUUUUAUUUUAUGUGACAAGAAAAUGUUGUUCACACAAAAAUUUAUCAAUUGCUAUUCUUCUUCUUCUACAAAUUUUUCUUAUUUCUUUGAUUUGAAAUAUAAAAAUAGAAGAUGUACUAAACAUCCAACAAUUUCAUUUGCUAAAAAGAAUUCAACAAUUCAAGAAAAUUCAAAUUCCUCAUUGAAAAUUCCAAGAAAUUUUCUUGUUCAAGCUAUUGUUGGAGUAUUUGCUCUAGGAUUCAUUGAUGCUGGGUAUAGUGGAGAUUGGUCAAGAAUUGGAGUUAUCUCAAAGGAAAAUGAAGAUUUAUUGAAAAUUGCAGCAUAUUUUGUUGUGCCUUUAUGUCUAUUUGUGAUAUUUUCUUUUUCUAAAAAAAUUGAAGAUUGAAAGUUUUCUAUGGUUUUAUUUAUAUUUUUUUGAAGCACAAAAAUUGGAUUUUCAAUUCAAGUUUUUACUUUAUUUUUCA